CCUUCUCCUUCAAGAGCUCCAAGGCCUUUCUCUCUCCUCUCUCUCUCUCUAGGUCACGCAUGCACGAACACGCCGGCGAAAUCUAACGAGAAAGUCUUCGUUUCUGCAGUAUCGUUGGAUUUUGAAUCAUGAAUCCUGAGUAUGAUUAUCUUUUUAAGCUUUUGCUAAUUGGAGAUUCUGGAGUUGGAAAAUCCUGCCUGCUUCUGAGGUUUGCUGAUGAUUCAUAUUUGGAGAGCUACAUUAGUACCAUCGGAGUUGAUUUUAAAAUUCGCACAGUUGAGCAGGAUGGCAAAACUGUUAAAUUGCAGAUUUGGGACACUGCUGGACAAGAGCGUUUUAGGACGAUUACUAGCAGCUACUAUCGGGGAGCUCAUGGCAUCAUUGUGGUUUAUGAUGUAACAGACCUAGAGAGCUUCAAUAAUGUGAAACAAUGGCUAAAUGAAAUAGAUAAGUAUGCAAGUGGUAACGUCAACAAGCUUCUCGUGGGAAAUAAGUGUGAUCUUACAUCUCAGAAGGUUGUGUCCACAGAAACCGCAAAGGAGUUUGCAGAUGAAAUUGGAAUCCCUUUCAUGGAAGCUAGCGCCAAAAACGCUACCAAUGUAGAACAGGCUUUCAUGGCUAUGACCGGAGAUAUUAAGAAUAGGAUGGCAAGCCAACCUAUGAACAAUGCUAGGCCUCCAACAGUACAGAUCCGAGGGCAACCCAUGAACCAAAAAGCCGGUUGCUGCUCUUCUUAAGGUGAUAAU